CUAAAGCAUGCUCUUGGCCCAGAUAAACCGGGACUCCCAGGGAAUGUCAGAGUUUCACGAUGCAGAUGGGCAGCCAGUUACGCUGUGUCUGACGGAGGCCGUGACCGUAGCAGAUGGGGAUCAGAUGGAGAACAUGGACACAGUGAGCCUGCAGGCCGUCACCCUUGCAGAUGGUUCCACUGCGUAUAUCCAACAUGACUCCAAAGCUUCCUUCUCCGAUGGCCAGAUCAUGGACGGUCAGGUGAUCCAGCUGGAGGAUGGCUCAGCUGCCUAUGUUCAGCAUGUGUCCAUGCCUAAAGCAGGAGGAGACAGUUUACAGCUUGAAGACGGGCAGGCUGUUCAGUUGGAAGAUGGAACGACCGCCUUCAUUCACACACCCAAAGCAACGUAUGACCAGAGCGGCCUGCAGGAGGUCCAGCUUGAGGACGGAAGCACCGCCUACAUCCAUCACACGGUGCACAUGCCUCAGCCCAACACCAUCCUGGCCAUCCAGGCCGACGGCACCAUCGCAGACCUCCAGACUGAGGCCACAGCCAUCGACCCAGAGACCAUCAGUGUGCUUGAACAGUAUAGCACCAAGGUAGAGAACAUUGAAAACCCCCUGGGGUCUUAUGGCAGAGUGGAAGCAGACAACGGCGUCCACAUGAGGAUUGUGCUGCAGGGUCAAGACGACAGGCCGCUAAGAAUGGCACACGUGGGAGAAAAGUCUUUUCGGUGUGACUAUGAAGGCUGUGGAAAGCUCUACACCACCGCCCACCACCUCAAGGUACACGAGCGCUCGCACACCGGCGACAAACCGUAUGUCUGCGAUUACCAGGGCUGCGGAAAGAAGUUCGCAACAGGUUAUGGACUGAAGAGUCACUCGCGGACGCACACAGGGGAAAAGCCAUACAGAUGUCUGGAGAUCAACUGCUGCAAGUCUUUUAAAACCUCCGGGGACCUUCAGAAGCACACCAGGACUCAUACAGGAGAAAAGCCUUUUAAGUGCCCCGUGGAAGGCUGCGGCCGGUCCUUCACCACGUCCAACAUCCGCAAAGUUCACAUCCGAACCCACACAGGAGAGCGGCCGUACUACUGCUCCGAGCCCAGCUGUGGACGCUCAUUCGCCAGUGCCACCAAUUACAAGAACCAUAUGAGGAUUCACACAGGGGAGAAGCCCUACGUGUGCACGGUGCCUGGGUGCGAGAAGCGCUUCACGGAGUACUCCAGCCUUUAUAAACACCACGUCGUCCACACGCCCUGCAAGCCCUACAACUGCAACCACUGUGGCAAAACCUACAAGCAGAUCUCCACGCUGGCCAUGCACAAGCGCACGGCGCACAACGACACGGAGCCCAUCGAAGAGGAGCAGGAGGCCUUCUUCGAGCCGCCAGCAGAUGCCAUCGACGAUCCGAAUGUGAACUACACUCCAACCGUGGUUGAUGCGGAGGACUCUGGCUCAGAACCGGUUCCUGUGGAGUCCUCGGACAUCUCCGGCCAGCAGCAAGUAGCCCUGGUGACCCACGAAGAUGGAACCCAACAGGUCAGCAUCUCAGAAGCAGACCUGCGAGCUAUGGGUGGCACCAUCACCAUGGUAACACAGGAAGGCACAACCAUAACCAUCCCGGCCCACGAACUAGCAGCCCAAGGUCCCCACUCGGUCACCAUGGUGGCAGCGGACGGGUCGGAUGAGCAGGUGGCCAUCAUGACGCCCGACAUGGCGUCAUUCCACACGGUCGAGGAAGCAAGCUACGGCCAAGAGCAAGACGACAUUCAUCCUGUCACAUUACUGGCCACCCCCAACGGCACUCACAUUGCUGUGCAGCUUAGUGAUCAACCUUCGCUGGAAGAAGCCAUCAGAAUAGCCUCAAGAAUACAGCAAGGAGAGACACCAGGCCUGGAUGACUGAUUGACGACUCUGAAAGGACAAGGAAUGAAGAUCCAAGACCAUUGCAUAUAUAUAUAUAUAUAUAUAUAUAUAUAUAUAUAUAUAUAUAUAUAUAUAUAUAUAUAUAUAUAUAUAUAUAUAUAAAUCCUGUCUUCCCCAGUUUGGUUUUCACAACCGAACUUGGCUUUUAUGUGUAAAUAGGAUUUUGAUAACUGACGCUAUGUUAUGAAAAGAUUAAAGAGAGUAUUGAUGCUUUCUAAUGUUGCUUAAUGCACAGUGCAGUGUACAGAAAAUGCUAUUUCUAAAAAAAAUUAAAUAAAAGAUUGUGUUGACAA